GCCGCUUGGAUGUAUAUAUAUAUAUACACACACAUAAACCGCCCUCUGCACCACAGGUUUAGGAGACGAAGAGGCUUGGAAGGAGGAGGAUGCCGGACAGGAUUCUGUCAUGCUUCGGCGGGGGUGAAUCGCCGUCGUCGACGGCGGCCGGACCCAGCCUGACGACCUCGAUCUACGAGACCCGCCUCGGCCUCGCCGCCCUCACCUGGUCCCGCGGCGUCCUCGGCGUCACCCUCUGCGCCGACCUCUACCUCUCCGACGAGGAUGAGGAGCCACUCCGGUUCCGCGUCCGGCCGUGGCUCCUCUGGAAGCGACGGGGGUCGCGGCGGUUUCGCCUUCGGGACCACCCGUGCCACCGGUUUGUCGAGUUCGCUUGGGACCUCUCACGGGCGAGCUUCCGGCCUAGCGGUGCCGGCGGCUGGCCUGAGCCCGUGGACGGAUUCUUCUUCGCGGUGGCAGUCGACGGCGAGAUGCUCUUGGUCUCAGGUGACCUUGCCGAGGAGGCGUACCAGAAGAUCCGGGCGCAGCGGCCGAAAUAUCCUUUUCGGAACCCCGCCCCGGCUGCGAGGCGGGAGCGCGUCGUGCUGGGGGACUCCUGUGUCCGGAGGUCGUACCGAACGAUGGUGCGGUUCGGAGGUAGGGCUCGGGAGAUCUCGAUCGACCUGGGGGCGAAGGGGAGGGAGCGUGAGGCGGGCAUGGCGGUGGCCGUUGACGGCGAGAGUGUCCUCCACGUGCGGCGCCUUCGGUGGAAGUUCCGGGGGAGCGAGAAGGUGGAGACCGAGUGCGGCGCCCGGAUGCAGGUCUCGUGGGACCUACACGACUGGCUCUUCCAUCCCAAGGACAACGCCGCGUCCAGUGGCGGCGCAGCCCCUGCGACGGCAGAGAGCGAGCACGCUGUGUUCGUUUUCCGCUUCGCGGAGGACCCAAAGCCGGCGGAGGGGCACUUCGGGACUGCCUUUGGUGGCAGGCAGGAGGGGCAUUUCGGGGACAGCGUGUACAAAGGGACAGUGCAUGGAGGCAACUCCGGGAAGACCAGGAAUUGGAGCGAGAGCAGCAGCAGCAACGGAGGUAGCGUAGCCGAGAGGAUGACACGGAGGAGGAGGAGGAAGAGCCUCUUGAAGACGAGCUCUAUGUCUUCAUCCACCUCAUCUGCCUCUUCGGCUAGCAACUCGACGGUGAUGGAGUGGGCGAGCCAGGAGGAGGUGGAGCUGCAGAAGCCGGACGGGUUCUCGCUGCUGGUCUACAUCUGCAAGAGCUAGCUAGAUUAUCAUCACUUAGAUUCCCCAUUUCUGCUUCAUGUGUGUAAAUUUCGUUGCUUGAAAUUUUGGUUCUUUGGGAACAGUCUUCCGAGAUCUUAUCAUGUUACACAGCUAUGGAGAGAUCAGGUUUCUUCUUUUGGUCUGUUCUUCUCAUGAAAAUGUUAGAUGGAUUCUUCUUCA